AUGGCUCACCAAGACGAUGCCCGAGGCAUCCACGUGCCUUUGCAUGAGGAGGAGGAAGAGAGGUCCCGGUCUCCUUCUCUUGCAGAAGACGCUUCGGGCCACUCCAGCGAGAACUACGACCAAUUCGAAGAAUACUUACCAGAGAUGUUCUUCCCUGAGGAAAUUGAUGCCGACGACAUUAUCCGCAACAGCACCGUCGAGUCGUACUACAGUGACGACGAAACUGACGAUGGCUCGUCUCUCACCCUUUUCCAUGCGGGUUACAACUCGUACAACCCUUACAGCUCGAACUGGGAACAGCAGAUGGAAGAAGCAGUACCAAUCCCACCUCGUGUGCCAAUAUCAAGACGCCCAGUUCCGAGCCGAGCAUUCCCAAGCCGCGCGCCAACUAUGGAGAAGCUGGACAGUGUUCCAGAAGAUCCUAACCUCGUGACAUGGGAUAAGGACGACCCAGCGAACCCUCACAACUGGCCAGCAUAUCGAAGAUGGACAUCGACAGUCCUCAUUGCCAUGUACGCCUUCAUUGCACCCAUGGCAUCAACCAUGGUCGCACCAGCCUUGGACACGCUCAAAGACGAGUUCGAUUUGACUUCAAGCGUGGAAGAGUUUCUCAUCAUGUCCAUCUUCUUGCUUGCGUUCGCGAUCGGACCGUUUCUGUGGGGACCUCUUUCUGAGGUCUUCGGUCGAGUUCGUGUCAUUCAAGGCGCGAACAUGAUCUUCUUGCUCUUCAACACGGUUUGUGGAUUUGCGAAGACCAAGGAGCAGAUGAUGGCUUUUCGAUUCCUUGCAGGUAUUGGUGGAAGUGCGCCCCAAGCAGUUGGUGGCGGAAUCCUGAGCGACUGCUUCAAAGCUGGAGAGCGAGGUCUGGCAACAGCGAUCUACAGCUUGAUGCCUUUCCUCUCUCCUGCAGUAGCACCAAUUAUGGGUGGUUACAUGACACAAUACAUUAGCUGGCGCUGGGUGUUCUGGACCACAAGCAUAUUCGAUGCGGCGGUUCAGAUCGCUUGUGUUAUCCUGCUCAGAGAGACGCAUCAUCCUACGAUCCUCGCCAACAAAGUCAAGAAGCUGAAGGCAGCUACUGGCAACCAAGAUCUUCAUACAAAAUGGCAGGGGCCCGAGCAUACCAUGAAGAAGAAGCUCAUGAAGAGCUGCGUUCGUCCUUGGAUCAUGUUGACCACACAGCCAGCACUCCAGGCAAUGGCAUUGUUCCGAGGUUACCAGUACGGUCUCAUGUACCUCGUAUUCGCCACGUUCCCAAUGGUCUUUGAGGGUUCCUACAACCAAGAUGUCGGCCGAGCAUCGCUGAACUACCUCUCACUGGGCGUAGGUUUCAUCAUCGGUCUUCAAAUUUCUGGCAGGAUGCAAGAUAAGAUCUACACCUGGUGCAAAGUCCACGAAGUCGACCCAUCGUCGCUGCGAAAUACGUGGCAGUCCUGGAAGCUCUUUCGGAAUGGCAAUUCGAAGCAAGAGAAGGGCAGUCUGUUGCCACAACCGAACGGAUCACCCACUGAUCCCGCGAACCCGCGACACUCCAUUCCGAGAAAGCCUUUGCCUCAGCGUAUGAGCACACUGAGGCGCCGAGGAACCAACAAGUCCCUUGUCGACCCUACCAAGGGCCUGCCAGAGUACCGACUGCCACUUGUUCUGCCCUUCUCGAUGCUCAUCCCUAUUGGCCUCUUCAUUUAUGGCUGGAGCGCGCACUAUAAAGUGCACUGGUUCGUUCCGAACUUGGGCACCUGUAUCUUCUCAAUCGGUCUAAUUGUCUGUUUCAACUGCGCUCAAGGCUACGUGGUGGACACAUACACCACCUACGCGGCUUCAGCGACUGGUGCAGCAGCUUUCGUACGGACCAUGGCUGGUUUCAGCUUCCCGCUCUUUGCGCCUCGCAUGUACCAAGUCCUUGGAGUUGGUUGGACGAACAGUACUUUGGCCUUCAUCAGCAUGACUUUGGGACUUGUUGCGCCUGUACUUUUGUGGAGAUACGGUAUGUGGCUCCGAAGCAAGAGCACAUACUGUAUUGGAUGA